AGUGGAUCGAGAGGGUCACGUCACCCUUCACACUUGAAAGGAAAAGAAAUAGGAUUGUUUUAUGCUCGUAGAAGUAAACAGAAAUCUCAAGAAAGAGAAAAAGAACAGAGAUCAACAAUAUCAAUGGAUCACCAUCAUGAGCAGCAUAUAAGCAAUCUCUUGGAGAAAAUCAGGAAAACUUCAGAUUUUAAACCAUCAUAUCAUCAGUCAAAAAAGAUAGGAGAAUCUUCAUCUACAGCAUCAUGUAAUGAUCAAGAAGAUGCAAUGGACUGGUUGGAUUCCAGGGAAAAAAACCAAACCUGGAAUCGUUAUCAAGAACACCUCAAAGAAAGUUUUCGUGCAGAAGAAGAACGUCAAAAACUACACAAUUCCAGUAUAACUUGCAUUCAGGGAGAUCAAAGUUUAGAUCUCAAGCUAAAAACUCAAUUGUUAGAAAAUAUGCAAAAAUCCAAGUAUCAAAAGAUGCUUGAAUUUCGAAAAAAACUUCCUUCUUAUAACAUGAGGAGGGAAAUUGUUAAAUUGAUUGAAGGAAAUCAGUCAGUUGCUGUUGAAUCUCAAAGCUAG